AUGAAGAACACCGAGCCGAGGAAACCGAUCAAGAUGGAGGACUUUCUGCGGCCGCAAAUGUUCCAGCAGUGGACCCGGAUGGUGCACUUCGCCUGGAAGCGAGAUGGGUCCAAUCGUCUGGUAAAAUCAUCCUCGAUUGGCUUCUGGAUAUCAGCGGUUUUAAAUCUGGUGUUCUUUGCGUUCAACGGCUGGGACAUUAUCGGCCAUCUGAUGAUGGGUGAGCCCACCAAUCAGAACCCGCCCGUUUUCUGCAUUACCAUUUACUUUUCGAUCCGGGGACUGAUGCUCUUCUUGAAGCGUCGCGAGAUCAUCAACUUUGUCUACGCAUUGGAUCGGGAGUGCCCCGUAGACAUUGACAAGCAGCAUGAAAUACGUCUGGAGCGCACUUACAGCUCUUUCUGGAUGCGCUAUCGGUUCCUGCGGGCAUAUGCUCAUUUGGGAUUGCCCAUGUUCUGCUGUCUGCCGCUGGCCGUCUAUCUGCUGACCAACGACGGCCUCGGGGCGCCUAUCACCCAGCACCAGCAGCUGCUCGGCGGUUGGAUGCCAUUCGAUCUGAGGAGGAACCCCAGAUUCUACCUUUUGGUGUGGUUAUUCGAUGUGUCGUGCACUGCCUGUGGGGUCUCCUUUUUCCUGACCUUCGACAAUCUGUUCAACGUGAUGCAGGGACACCUGAUAAUGCAUCUGAAUCACCUCUGCAGGCAACUGGAGGCCAUCGAUCCCGCAGAAAGCCUGACCAAUGAAGUUGAGUUCUUCGACGGUCUUAAGACUCUAGUUCAGCGCCAGCAGCUCCUGAAUCGUUUGUGCGGCCAAUACAAUGACAUCUUCAAGGUGGCCUUCUUGGUUAGCAACUUUAUGGGGUCCGGAUCGCUCUGCUUCUAUCUAUUCAUGAUCGCGGAGACGACGGAUCUAUUCAUGAUAAUUCAGUACAUUCUGCCCACUAUGGUUCUAGUGGCCUUCACCUUUGAGAUCUGUCUGCGCGGCACCCAGCUAGAGGAAGCGUCUGCCCGCCUGGAGUCCUCGCUGAGACACCAGACCUGGUACAUGGGCAGCAGGAGGUAUCGCAAGUUCUUUCUUCUGUGGCUGCAGUACUCCCAGCGCACCCAGAAGCUCGGCGCCUUUGGAUUGAUCGAAAUCAACAUGGUGCACUUUACCGAUAUCAUGCAGUUGGCCUUCAGACUCUUCACAUUUCUAAGAUCGCAAUAGGAAAUUCAUCUUUAAUAACG